AUGAAACCCCCCGAAUCCCCCUGUACCCGCAACUCCACCUGCCACGUGCUGGUCCUCAUGACAGACGGGAACACCAACAUGGGGGGCUCCCCGGUGCCGGUGGUGGGGCAGAUCCGGGAGCUGCUGAGCAUCGGCCGGGACGUCCGCAACCCCCGCGAGGAUUACCUGGAUAUCUACGUGUUCGGGAUCGGGGCCAUGGUGAACUCGGAGAACAUCGCGGAGCUCGCCUCCAAGAAGAGCGGCGAGAAACACGUUUUCCACAUGCAGGACAUCAAGGACCUGCAGAAGGCAUUCCACGAGAUGAUCGAUGAGAGCGAGACGCUGAGCAUGUGCGGCCUGGGCUGGGCACACGAGGAGGCCAACGACCACCAGAGAAACCCCUGGCACGUCAGCAUCAAAAUCGCCCGCCCCGGGAAAGGGCUGGAGUCCUGCAAGGGGGCCCUGAUCUCCGAGUACUUCGUGCUCACGGCCGCCCACUGCUUCGACAUCGACGACCAGGCCCACUGGAUCACCGUGGACGUGGGGAAGUCGAGCUCGGCGAGCAGGGUGGAGAACCUCUGGAGUCACCCCCAGUACAACAUCGGGAAGCUUCGGGGCGCUGGGAUCCCCGAGUUCUAUGACUACGACGUGGCUCUGCUGAAACUCAAGGACAAGAUCAAGUUCUCCUUCAAUGCCCGGCCCAUCUGCCUGCCCUGCACUGAGGGGACCACCCGCGCCCUGCGCAAGCCCCACCCGGAGACCACCUGCAACGACCACAGUAAGAGCCCCUGCCCCCUACUCCCGACCCACGGCCCCCCCCAGCUCCACUGGUGCCCCUCACUCCCGGCCCGCGGCCCCCUGCCCCCCCAGCUUUGCCGGUGCCUCCCGCUCCUGACCCGCAGCCCCCCAGGUCCGCCGGUGCCUCCCGCUCCCGACCCACAGCGCCCUGCCAGUGCCCCCCACUCCCAACCCACGGCCCCCUGCCCCCUAGCUCCGCCGCCCCCCUGCCCCCCCAGCUCAGCCGGUGCACCCCACUCCUGA